AUGGAAUUCAAUUCUGAAGUCAGACCCAGGCGGGAAUUGAUGAACCCGAACUUCGAGGGUUACAAAUUGUCCCUCAGACAAGUCUCUACGGAAAAGACAGAAUUGGAACAUCCGGCAGCAGUUUUCACAGCUCGACAAAGCGAGAUUCAGUUUUUGACGCUCAGUUUGUACGCCCAACAUUCCCUGCUUUUCGUCGAUCGCUGGACUAGUGCGCUUUACUGGUUUUCACAGCCUAAUGAAGAAACUUUCGAAUUAGUGACCUUCAAUCCCAACAAUAACGAAAGCUCUUCCCUCCUCCAGCUUCCUAUUCCAGACAACCACGCUCUCCCAACCAUUCACUUUCCCCUUUCCAAUGUCUACUUCAUCUCUUACGGCGAUGGAAGCUUCGCAGUCUAUCAAGGACCGGACAAGAAGUUUUCCUCGGCGAUUUUACAGAACGAAAAAGACAAAGAUUGCAAAGUUGUGCUAGUCAACGAUGUUAAAAUUGAUGAAUCAAAGGGAUUACUCUACGUUGCCGCGAGUUAUAUUCGAGGGAAAGAAGCUAUUGUCGUUCUAGCGCGAUUUGAUAAAGAUGGAAAUUUUCUUGCUUCGGACGAAUUUAAAGGCGGUGCAAUUUGUUCUUUCGUCGCCAUUUCCAACGAUUACGCGAUAACGUUCAUUUCCGACAAGUUAUACCGACAUAAAUGCGACGAUAAAGCGCCUGAGCCAAAGAAAAUUCUCUACAAGUGGCGGCAGAACCUCAACGACUUGGUUUUAUUCUUCGAGUUUGAGAAAAAGGUCGAAAAGAACGAAGUGAAAGUGUCGAUACGAAGAAAUCACCUAGAAGUGGAGAUCAGAGAUGUGAAACUCGAAGGAGAGCUGUUUCAAGCCAUCGAUCCGGACCAGUCGAGCUGGGAAAUAUCGCCUGGAGGAGUCGAAGUGACGCUGGAAAAGGCGGUUGAGAGAGGUUGGAGUCAAGUUUAUAGGGAUUUUGACAAUGGAGAGGAGGUUUACAACAAGGAAUUCGUCGAUCAAGUCAAGGGACGAUUGGGACAUUUGACGACAGAAAGCGCGAUGCCAGAAGAAGCAGAGAAACCAGGCGUAGAUUGCAAUCAAUAUGAAGAUAUCGACAGAGAGACAGAAUUCGAAAGAAGCAUCUUUAGAUUCAAAGACGGUGACUGGACGCAUAAAGCAUCUUUAUCUUCAAAUUUGCCGCUGUUUUGGAAUUAUACUACCCCAACGGAGAAAGCUGUAGCAAUGAGACACGAUGUCGAUGCCUGUCUCUGGUCAUCAGUUACCAACGAUGAUCGCGUUCCCCUUGGACAUGUUGCAACAUUCGACGCUGUAGGAUACAUUCACGCUGGAAAACAAAAUCUAGCUUUCAUAAACGCUCCUCCCAACAACGGAUAUGUCUGCAUCUGUGAACAAAAACGACGCAUCCUCCUAUACAAGCACGAAAACCUGGACACGAACUUGCGUCACCGAGGAACAGGGCGAAAAGUAAACGAAAUUGGAAGGCAACAAGUUGUGAAAAUCGAAGACGAUGAUGCUUUUCUCGGACUUCAGUGCAAUGACGAUGCGCUCUUUUUGCUCACGAAGAACAGUCUUUGGCGCGUAAGCCCUGACGAAGAAGGAAACUAG